AUGCAGCUGCCUUUAAAUAUAUUCGAUUUGGUUUUUGCUCUUCUCAUCAUGAAGAAAAUUAGGGCAGACAUUCCCGGUUGUGAUUACUUCGAUACUGUCGAUGUCUCACAUGCCCAGGAGCAAAACAAAUCAAUUGUAUAUGACGGAAUCGUAAUUGCUGCUAACCUAACUGGAGAGUAUGGCUUCCGGAAAAAGCUGGACGGAUCUCCGGAGCCUGUGAAGAAUCACUUAAGAGCCUGUGUCUGCAAGAUGAGGCCAUGCGUGCGGGUAUGUUGUCCUCGCAAGAAUUUGGCGGCCAAUGGCAGCUGCCACGAUGGGCUGAAGGAGGAGAUAAAACGGGUCAAUCCCUACAUGUACCUAAUGACGAUGGAUCAAACGGUGGAAAAUCCGGUCCCUGUGAUCGAAAUGGCCGUUAUAAGGGAUCCGUUCUGGAAUUGCGACGAGGUGCUCAGCCUGAAGAACAAUGAGUACACUUUUAUGCAGAACGGCACCUUACUUAUCCACUCGUCUGAGGAGUACCUAAACAAUUACCAAUACUGUCUGUACCCCAAGUUUUAUUCGGACUUCCCAAAGUAUAUAUGGGUUGUCGUCCACAGGUGCAUGACGAUAUUGCUCCCAGGGACCCUCGAAAUCUCGGUGAUAUCGUUGAUAUGUUUUAUCCUUACGAUCGCAGUGUAUCUUUACGUUGAGAAGCUUCGAAAUGUGAUUGGCAAGUGCCUCAUUAGCUGCAUGUUCGGCAGGUUCAUGGAGACCCUUAACAUGGUACUGGAUGACUUGAGCCUAUUAAAUGGCAUUUGCUCAUCAGCAGGUUAUAGUUUAUACUUCUUCAAACUGGCUUCCAGUCUCUGGCACACAGUCAUCAGCUACCAUGUGUGGAAAGGAUUCAAAUCUAUUAUUCGGAACGAACCUCGUCAUCAAUUCCUCACCUACAGCAUCUUUGUAUGGGGAACUGCUUUAAUCCCGACCGGAAUAAUUUAUUUAAUUAAUCAAUCGUGGAAUAACGACUUGCAUAAAUGGAACUGGAUGCCCUUGAUCGGUUUUAGUCAAUGUUCGGUGAAAGUUUGGAACUCUUCUUCUUGGAUCUAUUAUUUUGGGCCUUUACAGAUUCUAAGCACCUUCAAUGCGGCCAUGUUCACCUCGACGGCCAUUCACAUUCGAAAAGUGAGACGACAAAUAAUGAAUUUCCGGCAGGAAAAGACGGCGAGCAGUCUUGAUUUCAACAGUCAGACUUACUUGGAGUUUCUGAGACUAUCUGUUUUGAUGGGCGUAUCCUGGACCCUGGAUUUUGUUCCUUUUUUUGCGGAUAGCACCAAUUUUUGGUGGCCAGUCGUUUGGGCUCUUAAAUAUUACCAGAAGGGCUUUGUUUUCGAGAAAACCGGUAGCAGCAGUGUCAUUACGCUAGGAGGAAAACAAACUUUACUCAAUCAGCGCUAUGGAUCACCAAAAAUUUUCCAGAAUGGCACUAUUUCGAUAUACUGA